CCGAGUCCAUCAAGUCAACAAGGUUUUCUUUCAAGUACCAUGUUCUUCCGCUCCAUUCUCACCAUCACCCUCUCCGCCGUCGCGUUCGUUCACGCCGCCGAUGUCACUCGCGAAGUCUACACGCCCGACGGCGAGAGUACUGACAUAUUCUGUCGAUCGUGGGACGAAACUUGUACCACUGUCGUUGGGAAUACGGGCAACUCAUACGUGACCUGUAGCGAUGGGUAUGACGGCGCAGGUACCGCCCGAGUGAGCUGCCUCUCCAUCAACGGCGACUCCUCUGUCGAUUAUACGGACGCGAAUGUCCAAUUCUUGGGGCUCACCUACGUCUAAGGGCUGCACUUUCGGCUACAGAUUGUCUUUGCUAAUGCAAAUUAGUGGGUUGAGGGGAUAGGGGGCGUAGGGGGCGAUGUGCGUUUGGGCGUUUGUGAAGCUCUCAAACUUUCGUGUUGAUUGACGUGUGGUGGGCGAUCGUUUCUCUGUGGUCUGCUGGUGGAAAAGCGAGGGUCGUGUUGGGAUUGAUGUUCGGACAUUAUCGUACUCGUACCACCCAUGUCUAUAAUGUCUUGAGAACUCUCUAAUUCUCAUUGCUUGGCAGAUUAUAUACUCCCCGCCAUGGGUCACGGUGCUGUAUAUAUAGUCA